AUGAAGGAGGUGAACGAGGUCAGGUUCGUAACAUCAGAUCUGACGGCCUAUGAGCAGCGACAAAUAAAACGCAGCAGCGAAGCCCUAACCGCGAAGGCACCGUCCGGGCAGACACCUCGAGCCAUCGCACAGAAACGAAGCUGCUACGUCAGCGUCGAUUCAUUAAAGCGAAGCUCCCGGGGGCUCCGAGCGGCGCAUUCUACAGGAGCGACGCCGCGAGGGCUCAGACCGGCAGGAGCGGAGAGCGCGGGUCCGCAGGAGGUUCCCCGCCGCCCGCGCGUGCCCCCGAACCCGGGCCGAGGGCCGGAGCCCGGCACACAGCCCACGUUUGGGCAGAGCUCGCGGCGGGCCCGCAUUGUUCUCACGGGAGGGAAAGGCAGACGGGCACGGGAUGGCCGCCGCGCAGCGCCCGGCGCCGCCGCCCCCGCCCCCCCGCCGUCGGCACCCCCGGGCCUCAGGUGCGGCCCGCAGCCCGACAGGGAAGCACGCGGCGGGCCGCCCGGCCCCGGCCCCUCCAUCAGGGAGCGCCCCGCCGCGCCGCCCGGCUCCGGGGCACCCGCGGGGCCCUGCGCCGCCCCUCCCGGCCUCCUCCGGCGGGCAGCGGAACGCUCCUCACAAAGCCGCCGCCUCCCCGCCGGCUCCAUCCUCCGGCGCCGCGCCUCCGCCCCUCGCCCCCCUCACCGGCCGGGCGGCCCCGCUCCGCCGGCGGCUCCGGCUGCUCCGCGGGCGGCUCCGGCGACCGCGCGCCUCAGCUCGGCCGCGGGCAGCGCGCGGGCGGCGGCAGCGCGGGCUCGCAGCGCGCACACGGCGCAGGGCCCCGCCUCGGGGCGCCGCAGGGCCCGCCUCUCGCUCCGCGCCCGCCGCUGA